GCAACGUUGCGUUCAGUCCGACCAUUUCCAAGAUGGCGAAGUGUGCGUGAUAUCUAUCGUCGUCGGUCCGUCCGCUGUAGUGAACACUUUUUAUUUUAUUUACCUUAUAACUUGUGUAUCGUUAACAUUUUUUUUCGUUGUUUGACCUUUAUUGCUCGUGUUAAUUAUAUUAUACCAACGUUUGUUGGUUUUACUGUCAAUACCUCUGCAGUAGAUCCGUUGUCAUUAUUUAUACAAUAUAAUAUAUAUUAUUUAUCAUUUACUAUCAUAGUUUUACAUGUCAAUACAAUAUAAAAGCAUAAAUACAUAUAAUAUUUAUACAUAUACGUGACGUAGUCGCCGUCGUACCCUUCGGUUUCGCUAAUGGAUUCGAUAUCGUGAUAUUUGACUUUGAUGGAUACAAUACAAUGCCAAGACGACGGAACGGAGAGAUACCGUUGCCCGAUGGCUGGGAUUUCGCGAGAGAUUAUGAUGGAAAAGUGUACUUCAUCGACCACAACACCAAGAAGACCACUUGGAUUGACCCCAGAGACAGGUAUACCAAACCUCAAUCAUUUGCUGAUUGUAUCGGCAAUGAAUUGCCUCUUGGAUGGGAAGAGGCUAUCGAUCCAGUUAUUGGGGUCUAUUACAUCAAUCAUUUCAACCAAUGUACCCAAUUGGAAGACCCACGGUUGGAAUGGAGAGCUAUUCAGGAAGCUAUGCUGAGAGAUUACCUUCAUACAGCCCAAGAUGUUUUAGAAGCGAAGAAAGAAAUUUAUGAUAUAAAACAACAAAGGCUGUAUUUAGCUCAAGACGAGUAUAACCAUCUGAACAAUGCUUUAUCGACCUUAAACACAUCUAGAACUAGCCUUUGUUCGAGCUCUAGUAAUAUCAGUACAAAAUAUGAUCCUGAUUUGCUCAAGUCUGAUGUCGCUCACGCCAGGGAAAGGGUUACCAGAUUGAAACGCGAAUUGGAACAGAUUGGUGAGGAAAUGUCUUGUACGCGACGUGGAGUCGAGACCCUUUCAAAUGUGGAGCAAAAACUUUCAAACGAUGGCAGCUGUUAUAAUGUUGUUGAAGCACAAGCAAUCGUAACCGAAUUGCGAGAAAUCCAGCAAUCGUUAAGUUCAGGACAGCGGGAACGCACUGGCCUGAUGCAUUCGCUUGCUAAGUUAAAAGACGAUUUGACGCGACUCCAACUGUGUUCAGCUACCGACGAUCCCGAUCUACAAACGCAGCAUUCUUCGUCCACUCAACUAAGUGACAAACUCAGUACGGCUUCUCAGACGGACUUGUCUGGCGAGUUAAUGCCUAUGGGUACUAGACUUGCUGAAAUGGCACGUAUGCGGCUAGAGUAUGAUGAGGCGCGUAAGCGUAUUCAAAACAUACAACAGCAAUUGGCUGACCUUGAAGAAAAGGUUAUGCCUGGCCAAGAAGAAUCUGAUAAAGAUCGAUUAUUACUGUUUCAAGAAAAAGAACAACUCUUGAGAGAACUCAGAAGCAUAACACCUCGUUCAAGAAGUCAUCAAGAAAUGAAUGAUAUUCAAGGAGAGAUUAAGAAACUUGAACAGGAUUUGAAUAAUGCAUUAGAAAUGUCUAAUCGAGCUAUUGCAGACAGAUUAAGAUUGCAUGAAGAAAAACAAUUAUUGUUGCAACAGCUUAAAGAAGCAUUACGGUCUAUGACACAGUUAGAAUCGCAGUUAAAAACAUUGUCAGCAUCUACCUUAUCAGUUAGUUCAAGUUCAAGUUUGGGUUCCUUAUCUACAACUAGCAGUAAGGGUUCAUUGAGUAGUGGUCUUAGCUUUACUGAUAUAUAUGGUGGACCUCAAUGUUUGGCUCCAUCUACGUACGAUCGGCCUGUUGAUAUGGCUGAUUUACAUAAAAGAGUUGAGAGACUUUUGCGAGAUGAUAUCCAACCACCAGCUUAUGAAAACAUGGGUGAAUUAUCUAGUACUGUACCCAAUGUGGGUGGUGUGCCAUAUACUAGAAGUUGUCGACCAACAAGUCCUCCACUUUCUCCCAUAUCUGAAACACCACCCAGGAGUGUAUCAGCUGCGGUCAGUGAUGAGUCAGUUGCUGGCGAUUCAGGUGUAUUCGAAGCCAGCCAUAAGUCAAACUUCAGUGCAGAAACUUCCCAAGUUCAAAUCAGACUGAGGUAUUCAAUAGCAGAGCAAGUGUUACAUGUUUGUAUUGAAAGAUUGCGAAAUGUAGUUGCAUUAUCCAUAGCAGAAUCAUGGCAAUUGUAUGUAAAAAUUGUACUGUUGCCAAGUGUUUCAAAUUCUUCAUUAAGUGGUUGUACAAAACCUAUAUCAGAUCUAACAAAACCUAGAUUUGGUGAUAGUUUUGCAUUUAGUUUGCCAUCCAACAAAUUAUGUACAAAAACUCUACAGGUAAAUGUCUGGGGAUUAGGUCCAGAAGAUAUUACUGAGUGUUUGGCAUGUGCUCAAGUGAGUUUGGCCGAAUUUAAUGAGACUGAGAACAACUCUUGGUGCAAAUGGUACAACUUGUUGAGUUUGAAAUUUAUGCAUAAUGGUGGUUCUCUACCUUCCAUCUUGCUCAAGGAUGAUGGGGGUGGUUCUGAUGACUCAACUAUUAUAUCAUCUCAAACAUCGACACUUACACGUAAUCAAGGUUGUUGUGAAGAAAAUGAUGCAAAAUUCAUCAAUGUUGAUAACUUAAAUGAGAAUGAAGUCGAAUAUGAUGAAGGUGAUUCAGAUGAUAGUGUAAGUGAUGAUGAUGAUGAUGAUGAUAUUGAAGUGUACCAAUUAGGGGAUGAAAAGAAAGAAUUGGAACAAGUAUUAGAAAUUCCUAAUAAGGAAAAUGAUACAGAAGACAAAGAAACCAAUACAGAUAGUGCCUUAAGUGGUAGUAAUAGAGAAAUUAAUAGAGUACCUACAAUAGUCAUUAAGCGAUCACAGACAUUUUCACCUACUGCCAAAAACCAGUAUAUUUGUAAACUAAAUCGCAGUGAUAGUGACAGUGCCAUGAAUUUAUACAGACGACACAUAUCAUCUAGUGCCAGUAUGAAAGGUAUUGGAGGUAGUAAUGCAGAUAUUGCAUCAUUCCGUCGCAAUUGCUUGGAACGUCGAUCAUUACGAUUGGGACGAGUCCCAGGUACAUCACCUAGUAGAUGUAUGCCAACAGUGUGUGGUACUUCUUGGUGUCGUCCACCAAGAACAUCUAUUGACCUGGAGCUAGAUAGACAGGCGCAACAUACACGGUUGUUGUCGUUAAAUAAUGAAAUAUUUAGACUUAGGCAAUUGAAAAACACACUGGAAAUAGCCAAAGAAACUGGUGAUACUGAUGUAGCCGCUUGGGUUUUGGAAGAUGAAGAAUUUCAAAAUCUUGUUAAGGAGGCUGGAGAUAAGACCCUGGAUGAAAAGAAAGUUGAACGAAGAUUAAAGAGAGCGUCACAAAAGUUAUACAAUUUAAGAAAAAGUAAAGCUGGCCAAGGAAAACCUGACAUUAUUUCUUUCAAAGAAAAAAUGGCUUUCUUCACUCGGCCAGGUGUUUCAGUACCUGUUCCCCCAACCAAAUCUUCUCAAGACCCUAAGUCUACAGAAACACGUUAUCAGUAUACUGUAGAUAGGGUAUACGGAGUAGAGGUUUAGUUUUAUUUUGGUUGAGUAAACUAACUCAAUAAAUCCCACCUGCCGUUAUUCAAAGACUAUAAUUUGUACAUAAAAUACAUUAAAAAUAAAAAAA